UUCUUGUAAACGAGUUAAAGGCAAAGAAAUGGUUUGCCAUCGCAGAAUUAAGGCGCAAAACAGUAAGGCAUUCCGCAGAAGCCUCCACAUUCUUCGAGACCUCAUCUACUCCAACUCGGAUAAAACGAGCUCAAUUAUCAUGGAUGCUUUCCUUUUCAUAUCUGCCUUAGAACUAAAACUACAAGCACUUAAGAGGCAAAGUAUGGUUAACCAUGUGAAGCAUAUUGAUCAUCAAUGCCCAUUAUUGGAAGUGAAAGUAGAGAAACAUGGCGAAAAUCGAUUUCGAAUAAAUGUGAGAAGUGAGAAAGGAAAAGAUAAUCUAGUUAAUGUUUUAGAAGCAUUUGAGAAGAUGGGGAUUGUUGUUAUAAGUGCAAAAGUUUCAUGUGUUAGUGAGUUUGGUAUGGAAGCUAUAGUUGAAGUUAAUAAUGCAAAUGAAGCUAUGGAUUCUAGCGUCUUAACUAAUGCCAUUCUUAAAGCUAUUGAGACAAUAUAGAGUAAAAUAGGUAGUAGCAAGAAUGUCUUUCAACUGUUGACCUGAGAAAUUAAUGAAGUGUACUCGCCUUUUGCAUGAACUUUAUAUGUAAUUAUGUUGGUUUUUGUACUUUAGUUUAAGGCCAUGUUUUGAUUGGAAUCUUGAAAAGCUUCAUGAUUCAACAUUCUGAUUUUUUUGCAGUUUGAAUUAUAUACUCAAUCUCCC